AUGACGUGCAUGCUGUACCCAUUCUGUGAUUCAAUGUAGGCGAGAAAGGCCUUGACAUCCGCAUAUAGCUGCGUCUGCGGAGGCGCGCCUUCUGGCAGUUCGCUGCUGAUCAACUUCAUCGCCAGAAAGAGCAAGGCGAGGUCGGCGCCCGGCUCGGUUGCAGGAUUGGCGAGAUGCUGAUACAGUCUGAUCUUGCAUAUGAUCGGGAAGUAGGGACGAGCAGCGUGAAGGGUGAGGCCAGGACAAGCUUGGAAGCCACUCGGCGCACCUCGACACGGGGCAGGCAGCAAUGUCACACCGCCCACCUGUCGCCCACCGUACAGCAGCAGCAGUGCACACGCGCCGGGACAGAAGUACGCAAUGGACAACGCCAGCUCCACUGAUGUCGAGCCGGCCAAGCGACGCGUCGGCCGCCCGCCCAAGUACGACUGGGCCGACAAGAAGGACAUUUGCUGGAAGCUGUACGUUGACGAACACAAGAGCGCCUCGGAGAUCCAAAAGUACUUCUCGCAGCACUUCGACAUCGCCAUCAGCGACCUGCCAUGUCGCAAAGGCUUCCUGCGUCAGUUCGCAGCAUGGGCCUUUCCCGGUCACACUCGCAAGCUCACGGAUGAAGAAGUCGCGGCGGCCUCGAGCCGCAUCCAGGAGCUGUGGAAUCAGAACAUGAACCAGAAAGAUAUUAAGAGCACCAUCGCCGCUGAGGGCUUCCAAAUCAAAGACUAUGACUUCACCAAAAUCUGGAAGAAACUCGGUCUUCGUUUGCGCAACGAGUCUGGCUACAAGCCUCCGGAUGUCGAAAAGAAGAAGAAACGCACGCGUAGCACUGAUGCAGAAGACGACGCUCUCGUCCAUGCCGGCCCGCAGAUGCAGUUGGAACAUUCCCUUGCUCCUUCCGAUACUGCAUCCAAUGCGCAGGACGACUCUCCCAUCGCGGCACCUCUGAAUCCCGAGCAAGAAGCCUUGCGGCAACAGCGUAUUCUCGAGAUACAGCUGGAGAGUGAUCAAAAGCUUGCCACCAACAAGCGCCGCCGACGGAUCAGAGGCUUUGGUCAUCUCCCACCGGAUGCCCCGGGACUGUCACCUCGAUACAACUCCGAGACUAGUCUGGACGAAUGCAAAGCUAUCCUGCAUCUAGCUAAUGAGAUGUACCAGACCGUCCGCAAAGACUUUCAGACGAUUUGUGAAAAUCUGAACAUCAUCAAGAAGACCAAGUGUGCUGACGGCGUCUGGGACGAGGCAAAAAGUACCCUCAUCCGGGAGAACAUGCACCUCAGUGCGAUGAUGCACUCUCUUCAACCAGAUCAAGAGCGUAAAAGCAUCGCUUUGGACUGUCUUUGCCAGGACGUGACCAAGAGAAUGCGCGUUGCAGACAAACAGAUCACUGUGGCUGAGGCCAACAACAUCAUCGGCAUCAACCCAACUGAGAGCAAAGCAAUUCGUCGCUCGUUGUACGAAAUUCUGGCUGCAGAUCACUUCGAAUCACGCCUCUUGAGUGGUGAAGACCACUUCCAGGAGCUCCGUCAGCAAUGGCUUAACGCAAAUGAUGGUCGUCUGCAGCAUGCGAUUGACUCCCAAGAUCCUCGCAAAGUGAAAGCUGUGGAGCUGCUAAGCAGAGAUGCAAUGAAGCGCUUCCGCGAAGACCGAAACAAGCGUGGCGAGCGACAAGUCGUGCAGCGCAACGCAAGGUAUGGUCCUGGGCCGGGUCCUGCAUGGGCAGCUACAGCACCACGUUCUAAGGCUGGAGCUGAAGCAAGAGCGCUGCGUGGAGCCCAGCUACCAGUGCCAAAGCCCGGGCCACGAGGCAACCAGUCGACCCAGUUUCUGCCUCAGCACGAUGGAACUAGCACAUUGGCGCAGCCUGUCGAGCCUCUGAAUCUAGAUCCCGCGCUGUCAGCGCCAGGGCCGUUCGUGAUAGAGCACCCACCUCAACCAAUACCUGCCUGGUUCCGUCUAUCGCCAAAUUCAAGGCUCGCCACAAAUCAUCCAAAGCUAUGGCAUGGCAAAGUGCGUGCGGCGACGAUGAAGGACCUACAUGCAGCUGCAACCAGCAAGGCAGGCGUGGCUGUAGUCACGAAAAUAAGUGGCGUUGUGAAAAAUUCGGAUGGCACGGAGGAUAGCUGGCAGAUCGACCUUGAUGACGAGCUUGAGGUAUACCUAGAAGCUGCGGGUGAAAAGCCAACUUUCAUGGUCGUACUGGAUGACGGACGUGCCAUUGGUCGCUCAUGAGAAGGACUUCACCUCUCACACUUGUGAGCGAUGACGAUGACGACCAGACUCACUGGUUAGGUCUCUGCACUCACAUGCGCUUACAAGCCCUACAAGAUAACCGUCUUGGAGCCCGGGAAUAAUGUUCUUGAUCUUCACUGAACAGUCAUCUCGCGUGGUUUGCGUGACGAGAACAAAGAAAAUACGCUAACCAAGUCCGGAGACAAUCCAAUGUGAAAUGCAUCGUAAAUUUGACACAAAGAACGAGUUCCUGAACAUGAUUCCCUCAAAAUCACGCCAACACCGUCCCUGACUGACACACCAGAUCUACAUCUUACCAUGGCGAAAAGAAAGCACAGUUCUGAGGAAUCUUCCAGGCCGUCCAAAAAGACGCGCAACUCCUUGGGCGGUGAGCAACGAGAAGAAGAGGUUGAAGAUAAUCUCCUUGUCAAGAAGGCUCGCAAUCCGAAGACCAGAAAAUCAACAGCGCAACCAGAAGCAGACAGGAAAGAGUCCAAGGAAGCUGACAGGCCGUUGAAGAAGUCGCGUCCAACAGCAUCAGAGGAAGUAGAGCUGAAAGAGAACCCAAACGCGGAAGACGGCAGACCGUUGGAGGAAUCGCGCCUAUCAUCAUCCGAGGAAGAAGAGCUGGAAGACGAUUCAAACGCUGGAAAUGGCAGGCCGUUGGAGGACUCCCGACCAACAGCAUCU